CCCAUGGCGAUGUUGCACUGUUUAUCCAGGCAGUAUCACAUGAUAUAGGCGCUGUUACAUUACCCGCGCCGUCUCUGUGACUCCGGGGUUUCGCAGCAACGCUUCCUAAAGCAAAAUGCACGGCCCGGGCCGGGUUGCUUAAAGUUUCUGGCCCGGCGUUUGCAUGGUUUCAGUAUUGGAGAAGUCACAAGCGCAGCGGGGGGGGUCUAUUUUAUUUCCUUCUCAGAGACGUUGCCUUGAAACUGCGGUGCAAAUAGAAGUGAAUGAUGAGCGCCGGCGACGCCAGCAUACUAUCCCUAUUGGCAGCGGUUCGCCGUCAACCGCUUCACAUCAAAAACACCAUGAAAAAUAUAUUUGUCACCCAACUGGGGGACCGAAGAGAUGAAGAUGAAGAUGUUAAAUAUAUUCCAAUCAUCAAAGAGCCCGCUGCGGAGAUCCUCGCAAGAGACUUUAGAACACCGCAAAGCACGUUAGUGCUGAAGAAAGAGGUGGAAGUUGACCAAGUUAAUGCUGAACUUGCAGAUAAAAGGGAAGAGUUCCUCCAACGCAUGGAUGCCAUCACCCAGAAGAGGGCAGAAUUUGAAAGAAAAGAACUCGCGAAUAAGGAAAGAGUUCUGAAGUUUGACAGGUUUAUCAAGGAAAAUGAGGCAAAGACAUGCCGAGCCAUUAAAAAGCACCAGUUGGAAGUGAAAGAAAAUCGGAUGAAACGGCAGGAGCUGCAAGAUCUACUGAAGCAAUUUGAAGUGGUCAAAGCCAGGCAACAGAAACUGCAGAAAAGGGUGUCAAACAAUAAGCUGUAUGAAGAUUACCUCACGGAGGUUGUUGACAAUUUGCCUGAAAACUACUUGGACUAUGGUGUAGAAUCUCUGGUGAUGAGUAUCAUUCAAAAAUACGAAACGCACCAGUCCACCAACGAGACGUUGAUAAUCAACCUGACCAGGUUGUCGGAUGAGUUGGAGCAGCAACAGCACAACUUGGAAGCUGUGCAUCAAGAAUAUGAUACUUCAAAACUUAUGAUGACUAGUCAGCUUUCACAACUCCGAAUGGAAUGCGAUGAAAUGAAGGAGAAGAACAAACGGAUGGAACAGAAGAUAAACCUGCACCGAGGCCAUUUUAUUCAACAGAGUGAAGAGGUUGGUGCUCUCUUGUUGGCUAUUAACAAUCUGGCAGAACAGUGCCAUGCCAAGCAUUAUGGGAUUCUGGAGGAGAUGAGUAUUUUGACAAAAUUGGACAUGGUGAAGGAAUUCAUCAUGGAAAAGAAAACUAUUAGUCAAAUGGCAGUACACAUAAAUUCAACAACAGUCACUGGCAGCUCAGACCAAACUCAGAACAAACCAGGAGUAACUAACUGGAUGAAACCACAGACCAAUACUCUACUUGUAAAUUCCAAUAAAUUAAUAGCCCAACAAAAGAAUAGAAAAAAGCAAACAAACUCCAAUGCACGAUGAGCAGUUUAAAUAUUUUUGUUUCAGAAGGGAAUCCAAUAUAUGCCAUUGAUCCGUAAGGACUGUUGAUGUGUCUAUUAGUGGAAGAAGCAACUAACAAUGGAAAGAGAUGCAGAGUAAAAUAUAGAUACUUUAUCUGAUUAUUGUCAGUAAUGAAGUAUUGUUGAUUGGCAUAAUAAAAAAACUUCCUUCUUCACAAAAAAUAAUUUAAAUCAUUUGGUCCAGUGCUCCAGUAACACGUUUUUCAAUAAUAGCUCUUUGAUUACCACAUAACUGUUAGAUAAUAUGUUAAUGACUGGAACACAAUAGGCAAGUAAUGUUUAAUUCUGUGUUAGCUUAUUUGUUUCACAAUUGCAUGUAUUUGAAGAAAGAAUUUAAAGGCAAAGAUACGAUAAACCCAGUCUGAUGAUACAUACAAUCCCCCCCACUUUUCUCUUUAUCCUAUUGAAAAGCAAAAAAUAAAACGUUACUAGAAAAUCAAUAUCAAAAUUGGCAUUUGAGCUGUUAGCUCUUUAUCUUAAUGUAUUAUUGUCACGUGUACUGAGGUACAGUGAAAAGCUUUUUUAUUGCGUGCGAUCCAGUCACCGAAAAUACUAUACAUGAUUACAAUCAAACUGCCCAGUGUAUGGAUGCAGUUUAAAGGGAAUAAUGUUUAGUGCAAGUUGAAGCCCAGUAAAGUUCGAUAAAUGAUAGUCCGAGGGUCUCCAAUGAGGUAGAUAGUGGGUCAGGACAGCUCUAUAUUGUCUGCGGAGGGUGCUCAGCAUCGCCAAGGGCUGCUCUCACCCCAACCAUGGACUGUUUACCCUCCUACCAUCCGGGAGGCGCUACAGGUCUCUCCGUUGCCGAACCAGCAGGUCGAGGAACAGCUUCUUCCUGGCGGCUGUCACUCUACUCAACAACGUACCUCGGUGACUGCCAAUCACCACCCCCCCCCCGGACACAUUAUUAUUUAUUCAAAUCAUUUGCUAUGUCGCUCUUCCAGGGAGAUGCUAAAUGCAUUUCAUUGUCUCUGUACUGUACACUGACAAUGACAAUUAAAAUUGAAUCUGAAUCUGAUCUGAUUGAAUCUGAAUCUGAUCUAUAUUAUUUUCUAACUACUAAAUAAUAUAACUGCUAUUUGAAGUCAUUUUUUUGCAAAUAAUUUUUUUUCUAAUAUAUAGCAAACAAUUGGAAGGAAUUACCUUUACAUUAGAUAAAGAUGAAUGGGUCUCAUGCAAAUAAAAAGCUUUUGUUCACUCAUGUUGUAGGAAGGAACGGAAGAUAGACACAAAAUGCUGGAGUAACUAAGCGAGACAAGCAGCAUCUCGAGACCCUUCUCGACCCGAAACAUCACAAAAAAUCAUUUUCAUUCCUUCUAUCCAGAGAUGCUGCCUGUCCCACUGAGUUACUCCAGCAUUUUGUGUCUAUCUUUUGUUUACUCAUCCUCCAAGCAGAAUUGGAGAGCCAGGUCUGAAAAUAUAACUACUGGAGGACAAGGAAGAAAUAAGAAACAAAAAUGUAAGACAAAGGAAGCAAACAUAACGAAGGAGUGAAGUUGAAGCAAUACAGGCACAAGAAUGAUGACAUUUUACCAUGUAGUUUCUGCUCUAUGGAGAUUACCUGUUCCUGGUGAGAAGAU